AUGGUUUCGAAAGUUAUUUACAAGGGUAAUUUACGUACACACGCUACACAUAUUGAAUCUGGCAAUGCAAUUAUCACUGAUGGUAAUGGAGAAUCAUUUUCUCCUCCUGAUCUAACUGCAGCAUCAUUGGGAUGUUGUAUCCUUACUGCUAUGGGAAGAUAUGCUGAAAAAAAUGGUAUUACAAUGGAUGAAAGUAUAGCAAAUGUUAAUAAAAUUAUGUCUGAAGUUCCACGUAGAAUUGGACAAAUAACUGUUGACAUCUUCAUUAAUAAUUCGUCCUCCAUUUCCCCUGAACAUCGUAAGCAACUAGAAGAAAUAGGUCGAAAUUGUUCAGUUUGUAGAAGUCUUCAUCCAGAUAUUAAACUAAUUAUUAACAUUACCUAUCUAGAAGAUGUUGUAGAAACCAAAGACUAG